AUGACAACUGGGCGCAAGCAGACCAUCACAGUGAGGAAGAAGAAGAUGCAGAAGCGACUGCUUUCUGACACACUCAAGAACCUUCACAGGAAAUUUGGAUCCGAAAACUCAGACAACUUCAUGGCUGACACCCUCUACAGCCAUGGGAUUGUCAUCUCCAAGAAUAUUGAGGAGAUGGUUGACCGCACUGUCUGUGCCACAGAAAUGAAAGCGUGCGCCUAUGGUGAUUGUGUAGAGUGCCGCCUCACCACUCACCCAACCCUGAAAUCAGCCACAGAGGAAAUUGUACAAGUUGUACAAUGGUCUACUGAAAGGACAGGUGAGGAAGAGAGGAAGACCAUUACGCUUAAAAAAGAGGUCCAGAGCACUGAAUCAGACCUGGUCAGCAAAUUUCAAGAGAAUCUAUUCAAAUUCCGUAAGCACCUUUUUAACAUCAGGUGGCAAUACAGUGCUUACAGACAGCUACGGGAAAGCCUCCAAGCCAACGAGUGCUUAAUCCACAUCGAUUUCAGCGAAAAUUACUCUUGCAAAUAUCACAACGAGAUCCAGUCUGUGCAUUUUGGAGGGUCCCAUCAACAGGCAACGCUGCACACUGGUGUACUGUACACCACUGAACAGACACCACUGUCAUUCUGUUCAAUCUCAUCCUCACGACGACAUGACCCACCAGCGAUCUGGGCCCACCUGGAGCCUGUCCUGGAGAUGGUGAAGACCAAGUGUCCAAAGGUGGAAAGGCUUCACUUCUACAGUGAUGGCCCGGCAACCCAGUACAAGCAAAAGGGAAACUUUUACUUUCUCUCCACUGAGCCAUUCAGGCUUGGUUUCAAAGAACUGACCUGGAAUUUCUUUGAGGCCAGCCAUGGCAAAGGAGCUCCAGAUGGCAUCGGAGGGACAUUGAAGCGGUCAGCGGACCGAAUUGUGCGCUUGGGGGAAGAUGUUCCAGAUGCCAUCACUCUUUUCAAAAAACUCAAGAGACUGGAAUCAACAGUGGAGCUCUUCUUUGUCAGUGAAGAGGAAGUUGAAGCAAAAACAGAGGUCCCUGCUCUGACACCUAUUAAGGGCACAAUGAGGAUGCACCAGGUGAUCAGCGUCUUACCUGGGCAUAUCAAGUACAGGGACAUCAGUUGUUUCUGUCAGAGGCAGGAUGGUCCACUGGAUUGUGCCUGCUUCGACCUGAAAGUAGCUACUGUGAAUGGAGUUCCUGUGACCCCCCCAAAUCAGAAUGAAGAGACCCCAUGGCGACCAGCGGCAGUUGACAGCACACACAUUGGAGGGUGGUGCGUCAUUAAGUAUGACGAUGAUGUGUACCCUGGCAUCAUCAUGGACGUGGAGGGCGAUAGCAUUCAAGUGAAGUGCAUGCAUAGAAAUGGAGUAAACAAAUACUUCUGGCCAAGACCACGUGAAGAUGUCAGCUGGAUAGUAUCGCUAGAAGACAAACCACAGGUUAAAGAACAUUUCCUGGGCUUUCUUGUGGCAGAGCAGUCAACAGGGGAACGUUUGACAUUGCUCAUUCUCAAAAGGCUGGAGGACCUUAACAUCCCCUUUGAGGACUGCAGAGGACAGUCGUAUGACAACGGUGCCAACAUGAAGGCUGAUGCUGCAAAGAGCUCACCAGAUGCUAUAGGCUACUUUGGCUAUUUAACAAAGUUGUACAAACUCUUCUCUGCCUCCACGCAUAGAUGGGACAUCCUGCUGAAACAUGUCAAAACAACCCGGAAAUCGUGGUCAGAGACCAGAUGGGAAAGCAGGAUAAAAAGCGUUGAGGCAGUAAUGUACCAGGCUGGGCAAAUCAGAGAGGCUCUUCUGGAGGUGAGGGAAACAACUGCAGACCCUGUGGUGAGAGUUGAAGCCCAGUCUUUGGCUGAGGAGAUUGGAUCUUACCGUUUUAUCAUUUGCACAACCAUAUGGUAUGACAUCCUCUACAAGAUCCAGCAUGUGAGCAAACUGAUGCAGUCACCCUCCAUGCAGUUAGAUGUCGCUGUCGACCUGCUGAAGAAAACAGGAGAUUCCCUCACCUGCUACAGAAGGACUGGAUUUUCUGAUGCGCAGACAACUGCAAAGGAGAUGUGUGAGGAGAUGAACGUGGAGUCUGUUCUCAAACAAAAGCGGUUGAGAUCCACAAAACGGCAAUUUGGUUAUGAGUCUCCAGAUGAGCCUAUUGAUGAUGCACUUACAAAAAUGGAAAUCACAUUUUUUAAUGUGGUUGUGGAUACAGCCCUCUCUUCACUUGAUGAGAGAUUUUAG